GUCAUAUUCCGAUAAACGUGACGUGGAGACAUUUUUUCACAGGUUUUAAUGAAAUUUUAUCUACUUAUUGCAUAUUCCACAUACAAAAAUGUUGCGAAAAAUGAGCAGCUUACUACAAAUCACUGCUCAGGGAUACAAAAUGUGUAACAGACACUUAAAUUUUGUACCUAUUGUAGUGGAACAGAGUGGACGUGGUGAGCGUGCAUAUGAUAUUUAUUCACGUCUUCUAAAGGAGAGGAUUAUUUGUCUUAUGGGUCCGAUUACAGAUGAUGUUUCUUCCGCAGUAGUUGCUCAACUUCUUUUUCUGCAGUCAGAAAGUAGUAAGAAUCCCAUUCACUUGUACAUUAACUCACCUGGUGGCAGUGUAACAGCAGGACUUGGUAUAUACGACACUAUGCAAUAUGUUCUUCCUCCUGUCUCUACAUGGUGUGUUGGCCAAGCAUGUUCUAUGGCCAGUCUACUUUUGGCAGCUGGAACCAAAGGCAUGCGCCACUCUUUACCUAAUGCUAGAAUUAUGACUCAUCAACCAUCAGGAGGUGUACAAGGACAAGCUACGGAUAUUCAAAUACAAGCCUUAGAAAUUCUUAAAUUAAAAAAACAAAUCAAUGAGUUAUAUGUGAAACACACUGAACAGGAUUUAGAAAAUAUAGAAAAGAUUAUGGAGAGAGAUAAUUUUAUGAGUCCAGCAGAAGCUAAAGAGUUUGGAAUAAUAGACAAAAUAUUAGCUCAUCCUAUGCAAGAAGAAACUGCGAAAGCAGCAAUAGAGAAAUCGGAUAAUGUGGCAGCAAAGCCUGUUACUGCAUAGGAUGAGUAUACAGGUACUAUUUUAUGUUGUAAUAAAUGCAUUAAAAGAAAUUGUGUUUAUCAAUGUUUAAUAAUAAUAAUAAAC